AUGGUGGGUCAGAGGGCCCAGCACGACCCGGUCAGCCUCCUGCUGCUGAUACGCCUCUGCCUUCUGCACCUGAGGGCCUCAGGCCAGCCCCACCCGACUCCCGAGGCCCCUGCAGAGGAGGUGGUGUCUGUCCAGGGAGUGCGAGGUGGCUCCGUGGAGCUGGCCUGUGGCUCUGGGCCUGCCCCACUGCUGGUCCUCUGGAGCUUCACCCCGCUGGGCUCCCUGGUUCCCCGGCCUGUGGCCGUCACCGAUGGAGCCAUGUCCAAGGUGGAGGCCAUCGCCUCGGCUCUGGGAGUCGUGAGUCUGAGGAACGGCAGCCUGGUGCUGGGGGAACUUCGAGAGGGUGCCCGCGGCCACUUCCUAUGCCAGGUUCUGCACGUGGCUGGUGGCCAGCUCCACACUGCCUACUCCCACGUCACGCUGGCCGUGCUGGUGCCGGUGUCUAAGCCUCAAGUGCGACUGAGUAACCCGUCCCCUGUGGAGGGAGCCUCCGUGGUGGCCACGUGUGCAGUGCGGGAGGGCACAGAGCCUGUGACCUUUGCCUGGCAGCAUCAGGCAUCCCAAGGCCUUGGAGAGGCCCUGGUGGGGGUCACUGAGCCACUAUUCCGGCUGGACCCGGUCAACCGGACGCACCUAGGCUGGUACAUGUGCAGUGCUCGCAACUCCGUGAACAGGCUGAGCAGUGACGGGGCCUUCCUGGACGUCAUUUAUGGUCCUGACAAGCCUGUGAUCACCAUGGAGCCACUGGGACUCGCUGAGGAGGGCUUCUGGGCCAGUGAGAGGGAAGAGGUGACCCUGAGUUGCCUGGCCGCCUCCAACCCGCCUAGUCACUACGUGUGGCUCCGUGACCACACGCAAGUCCACACGGGGCCUACCUACAUCAUCGCCAGAGCAGGCCGUGUCCACACGGGUCUGUACACCUGCCUGGCCCACAACAGCUACCUGGACUCCCGCACCCAGACGACUGUCCAGCUCACCAUCUACUAUCCCCCUGAGGGACAGCCCUCCUGUGCAGUGCAUCCCAGCCUCGGGGCUGUGACUCUGCUCUGCGCCUGGCCUGAGGGGCUUCCGCCUGCACAGCUGCAGUGGGAAGGACCCCAGGGACCUGGCCCUACUGCCCCCAGCAACGUCACCUGGAGUCAUGCAGCCGCCCAGCUCUCCAGUGGCAGCAUCUUCACCUGCACUGGCCGGCACCCAGCCCUGGCACCGCCUGCCCUCUGCACAGUCACGCUCUGGGAGCCUCUCGGGAGGCCCACCUGCUGGAGCACAGCCACAAUGGGGCACCAGUUCAUCAUGCUGAGCUGUGAGUGGCCUGGCGGCGAGCCCCCCGCCACGCUGAGCUGGCUUGACGAACAGCAGCAGCCCCUGGGCAGUAGCAGCUCCUCGAUGGCCGUUCACCUCCUGCAGGCCCAGGAAGAUCUGGCUGGCAGAGAGUUUACCUGCCGGGGCACUCACCUGCUCAGGACCCCUGACCCCCACUGCCACCUCCAGCUGGAAGCCCCACAGCUGGACGUGGCUGAGCCCCGCGUGUCAGUGUUGGAGGGGGGAGAGGCCUGGCUGGAGUGCUCGCUCCGUGGGGGCACACCACCUGCCCAGCUCCUCUGGCUGGGGCCUCAACAACAGCAGGUGGACCAUGGCACUUCAGGAUUCAUGCUGCACCCUGAGGGUGCCCAGCUGCGCCUGGGCAUCUACAAUGCUGACCCAGCACACCACAGGGGCACCUACCAAUGCGUGGCCCGCAAUGCCGUGGGUAACAGCAGUCGGAGCGUGCUGCUGGAGGUCCUGAGAUAUCCAGCUCCUCCCAACGUCACCAUCAGCCGCCUGACCUACGGGAGGCACCGGAGAGAGGUGCAGCUUCAAUGGGCCAUCGCAGGCCCCGGGAACCUGACGGGCUUCCUGGUGCAGCGGAAGGCCAGUGCCCUGGGCCCAGGAGCUGGGGCGUGGGAGACGGCAGCUAGUGACAUCGAGCCGGAGAGCCGAGGCCGGCGGCUGGGAGGCUUGGACCCCGGGGUCCUUUAUGCCUUCCGCAUCCUGGCUCUGAAUCACCACACUGCAGGACAUCCCUCUGAGGUGAAGAUACCAGCGGACCCCCCCUUCAGUGCCUACCCAGCGGUGUUGGGUGCAGCAGGCACAGGAAUGGUGGUGGCAACGGUGGCCUCUCUACUGGUGUUCCAGUAUGCUGCCCGGCACCCAGAGACUUUCCCCUGCCUUGGUCAACUGCUUGUUCCCAUGGAGCAAAGGCACCAACAGAGGGGCUCCAGAGAAGAUGCUGAGGUGCAGGCAGGCCUUGAAACACCAACCACCACCCCAGGUUUGGAUCCUGCACAAGAAACCACGGAUGCUCCAGUGAAUGUCACCAUCACAGUGACUGCAACACCAUGAGGUCCAAAGAGGAAGAUGCAGAUAGGCUUAGGGAAGGCAGGUGGGAUUUGGGAAGAGCGUUUCUGUCAGACUUUGGUCGUAAAACCAACGUAGCUAAGACACCAACUACCACUUUCACUUAACAGCCAGUCUUUCCAACUGGUGCAAGGCCCUAAGUGACAUGGUUACAAGAGAAGCCCUGGCCCAGCUUGUGGAAGACAGAGGUGGCAGGACGAGGAGGAGGACCCACAAUUGGGAGAGAAGGAUCACUGGGUGUCUGAGGGCAAGUGACAGCCAUGGUACUGGGAACCGUCUGUGGUGCUACAGAAGUAUGAGCAAGCUAGCUGCUUCCAGAACAAAGUCUGGAUGGAGCAAUUCCUAAAUAAAUCAGAGCUGAUGUCCAUGCCAACAGAGGGCUAUUUCCAUUGCAACUCCCGCAGAGAGAGGCUGAUGGCUGGGUCCCAGGUGUGGCCAGUGGGGACAAACAAGGUGUGUAGGCGUGUGUUCCUUCGCUCAACCGUAGCUUAAGAACAUCACUGACGCUGCAGUGGCCCGACUCCAGGAGUCCCAGCCCACAAGAUACAGAGCGGAGGUACUGCGGAUGUAGCUUCCCGCCCCCAGGCUGGGGGAGCUGGCCCACAGAACACCGGGGCUGUUCCAGAGUCACAAUGUCAGCUGCCAGCAUGACUCACUAGCUCCAAGUGUGUGUGUGUGUUUGUGUGUGUGUCUGCAAUCUGGGUGAAAACACAAAUGAAUGCUUGUUCAACUGACUGGAAGACUCGGGACUCCAAGCCGCCUCUGCAGGAGACACAGAUGAGAAGAAACGGCAAGAAAGCCAACGGGUGACCCGCCAGCACAAGGGAAGUGGCGCCUGAAAGGAGACAGAAAAUUGAGAAACCGAAGAUGGUUCUGUGGUUCUCAGAGUUAGCCUUUAUUAGAUAAGGGGUUUCAGCUACCCUCAAAGCUCUCAGCACUGGGGCUAGGGUGUAAGGAAGGCUGAUUUAAAUACGGGAAAUAAAAUACAAAAGGGCCACACCCGAUGCAAAAGACUUUGUUGGCUUUCUGGUCAGAGAUGCCUAGAGAUGUGUAUCUUCUUAGGGCAGUAAAACAACACUUUUUCACAAGGCUAAAUUUCUAUACUGGAGUUCAUAACAAUGUGGCCCUAGGUUAACGGUAAAAAUAGACAAUGUGUGAGGCAGGACCGCUCCUCCUCAUCCUUCCAAGCUCCUCUCCUACCCACCUCCCUUCCUUCCAAACAAAUGCAAAGUUGCCCGGAGGAGCUGGGCCUGCCUCCACAUCGCCCCCCAGGCUCAGGCAGGGUCUCAGCCUCCCCUAAAACACUUGCCCAAGAUCCUGCUCCUUCGGGGCCUGGAUCUCUGCAGCCAGAACAGAAGGGGUGUGCACAGGGGAGUUUCAGGGGAGGACAGGGGUGGAGGCUCCAAAGAAUUUCAGAGGAAGACAUUCGCCCACCCCAGUCACAAACUAUAAGCAGCGUUGUACAAACAGGGAGUAGCCCCGCCUUCAGGGGCUAAGCUAUAUGAAAGCAGCGUUCUCUUUUAAUAUAAAAUCAUGUCAACCAAAUAAAACCUGCCAAAGCUACAUCAUUUAAAAUAUGUACAGUUUCACACAUAACAUUACAACUUUAAGGAAAAUCAAACAUACUUUUCAAUAUGAUACAAAGCAUGCAUCUCAAAGUCAUUACUUUAAAAGAGAGCAACACAGGUAAAAUUCAAUCAUGAACUUCACGUCCUGGCAGCGCUGGAGCUGGAAUGAGAUCUGUGGCACGCUCAGCCCAAGAUGGAUGCACUGAGUCUUCAUAGACUCAUUUGACAAAAACAAAACCCAGAAAGAAAGGCUUUUGCUAAGAACACUUCCAAAGGUUUAGAACAUUGCCACUUCACUUGCACCCUGGCAGCACCUGACACCAGACUGUCAGUGCAAAACUGAAAGGAAAACAUUAAAAGGAGAUAGUGAAAUGAUACAGUGGGAGCAGGGCAGUUUAACGCUAAAACAAUCACACAGAAUUCUAGAUGAGAAGGAACAUGAAGAGGCUUGACCAAUUUCCUGAUCACUGAGCACAGUAAAGCUCAAAUUUCCAGGUGGAGGUGGCAGACGGGUGCAUCAAGGGGAGAAAUGUGGACUCCUGGAAGACGAAGUCAUAAGCAGAGCUCUGCCCACAGAGGCCAGAGGGCAGCUUCUUCAGCUGCGGAGCUGGAGCCUCGGAGGAAUUGCACAGCAGGGACAGAUCACAGCAUACGGAACGGGACUGGUUCUAUCCAAAGAGUGAACCGCCAUGCUUGUGGAAAGCAGGAUGGAAAAAUGGGAGGAGCCCAGAUUAUGGCUCCAGAUAAACUGGGUUCGGAUUCAGGUCCCAUGGCUCACUGGGUGACUUGGGGAUUUUAAUGCCAACUUUGUAGAUGUGUUGUGAGGGUUAAAUGAGUUAACAGUAACAAGCACCGAGCACAGUGCCUGGUACACAGCAGUUAUUCAACACGUGUUAGUGCUCUCUCUCACACCGUACCAUGCCCUCUCAUUUCCUGGUGAAGUGACAUUAGGUAGGACUGUUUGGGUGCCUGUGCAGGGCAGAAAAGUUCAGAGCCAACUCACGCUUAGGGAGAACUCAUACCGCCUAAACAUAAAGGCAAUUUUAUAUAUAUAUGUGUGUGUGUGUAUAUAUAUAUAUUUAUAUAUUUCAAUAUAUAAAGGCAUUUUUUAUAAA